AUGAGACAUUGUGCAUUUAAGCCACAAAAUUGGGAUUCGUUUUUUGAGACAUGUCUCUCAAUCAGGAUCCCAUUAAGAGUUACAAGUUUGUUAACAAGGAGCAAGAAGGCACCAAGCAAGGGGAAGGGCAAUGAGACCAAGAAGAAGGCAGCUUCAAACCCAGCAACACUAGCAAAGCCUCCACCCAAACAACCCGGGAGUCUCGUAUACAGGAAAAGGUAUACGGCAAUGAUUCAAGGGCGAGCAGUGAGGAGGACCUUGAAUACAAAGAGGAUGUCAAUUUGGGUUGAUGAUGAGGACCGUGAACACAAAGAGGCUGUCAAUGUGGGUUGA